GACACUGUAAGAGAUGUCAGACGGUGUGAUGGAUUUUCUAUCGUAUUGUCUCUAAUAUUGAUUGUGAUCCAUCUAUCAAGCUUCGGAUGUUUGUCUCUCAUGGAGCUCUGUUCUGUAAAAAGUAGCACAAGCGACAGAAUUUCGUAUAUUUCAUGGUUUUUUUAUCACUUCUGUUUAAUGGUGAUACUUAUAGAGCCUUGUCACCGCACCCAUCAACAGAAAGAAGAUAUUCAAGAACUAAUAGACCGUGUAAAGUAUGUUUGGAGCGAAUGCGACUCAAUUUUAUACGAGCUGGACAACUUCAAGCGCACAAUUGAAUUGAAUGAAGUGACAUUUUCGCCUCUGAAUUUAUUCGCUCUCAAUAGAUCGUUGGCGGUUAAGGUUGUUGGAUGCGCAUUAACUUAUUUAAUUGUAAUGUCCCAGUUUAAGUUAAUGUUUUAUAUUUAGUAACAAAUAGGUCUUAUAGAGUAAAUAUAUCAAGAAAAUUAUGCAGAGUUAUUUUUAAAGGACAUAUAAAUUAUGAAAAAUGAAUAAUAAAAUGCCAAAACUCUCAUUGGCUAAAACUUAUAAUCCUAACAAAGAGUUCACUGAAAUGAUUUGAUAUUGGCGGGAUCCGUUCUCAGUGGGACGAGAAGAUGCUCUUUAUAGAUAGAUGAAUGAGAGUAAUUAAAGGUGGAGAAAUGUUGAGAAACAGUUAUGUAUGAAAAUGGAUUAAAAUGUUAGUUUUAUAAAAUCAUUCUACAAAAUUAAGACGUAAAACGUCUUUCAAUACGAUUUCACGUAACGAUAUACAUUUUCGUCUUAAAAUCAUUCAGAACCAUUUUGUUUAUGUCCUAAUUUACAUUUAUUUAUAUUAUUUUUAUUUUUUAUUUUUUUUUUGUUUGAACUGAUUUCUGUAUUUCCUACCUUUAUCAAUUAUUAAUUAUUAAUG